AUGCCAGGCAUCAAAAAGGCUCUGCAGAGAGAUCAGGCCACAGCAAACUGCCUGCCUGCUCCUCCGUGCCCAUCAGUCAGCCAGACAGCCUUGUCUGCUCCCUUCUGCUUGCCCAGGCGGGGCAAGGACUCAGCGCUGCUUAGACAGGCCUUGUCCUCCAGCGUGAUUGCGCCCACACUGCUCUGCGGCCUUCUCUCCUUGGCGUGGGUUGCUGCUGAGGUUCCGCAGGCGAGCAGAGGGAUGGCCACGAGCGGAGCCAGGACCCAGGCGGGCCGCCGGGAGCAUGCCUUCAUCCCCGAGCCUUUCGACGGCGCCAACGUAGCCCCGAGCCGCUGGCUGCACCACUUCGAGGUUAUCGAUGACCUCAACCAUUGGGACCACGCCACCAAGCUCCGGUUCCUGAAAGAGGCGCUCAGGGGAGACGCCCUGGACGUCUACAACGGACUCAGUGCGCACGACCAGGGGGACUACGCGGUGGUGAAGGACACCCUCCUGAAGGCCUUCGGGGGGCCCGGGCAGGCCCAGGGCUUCCGGCCCAAAGAGAUCGUGUUCGCCAACAGCAUGGGUAAGGGCUACUACCUGAAGGGGAAGAUCGGCGGCGUGCCCGUGAGGUUCCUGGUGGACUCGGGGGCGCAGGUGUCCGUGGUGCACCCCAGCCUGUGGGAGGAGGUCACGGACGGCGAUCUGGAUACCCUGCGGCCCUUUGAGAACGUGGUGAAGGUGGCCAACGGGGCCGAAAUGAAGAUCCUGGGCGUCUGGGACACCGUGGUGUCCCUGGGCAAGCUGAAGCUGAAGGCCGAGUUCCUGGUGGCCAACGCCAGCGCGGAAGAAGCCAUCAUCGGCACCGAUGUGCUGCAGGACCACAACGCCGUCCUGGACUUCGAGCACCGCACCUGCACCCUGAAGGGAAAGAAGUUCCGCCUGCUGCCGGUCGGGGGCUCUCUGGAGGAUGAGUUCGACCUGGAGCUGAUCGAGGAGGAGCCGUCCUCAGAGGAGGGCCCACAGCAGCCCUCCUACUAA